UUUAAUAUUUUACAAUUAAUAUUUACAAUCUCAAAACGAUGUUUUAAUCAGCUGUAAAGAAUUUACUAUCCUUUUUCCGCAACGUGUGAACAGGGCACGCCGAAAUCGCACGUAAUGCGUCAUCCGUCAUUGUUCUUCAUGUCUUGAUCUUGAAUAUAUUUGCGCAAAUUUGAUGCAAUUAAGCUAUCAUACAGUAACUAAUUUUUUAUCAUCAUGGAUAAUAAAAUAAUGAUAACUGAAGCUAUUAAGCACUUAAUAAAAAUAUACUUGAAAACUCCAAUGAUGCACUAUCGAAAGGAGAAAAUAAGGUUAACUUUGCUCAAAUUAUACUCAAUUUACGUUGCCUUGUCAAAAAGAAAAUCCAAAAGAAGUGUAUGGGUCAGGCCCAUUUAUUCAGUAGAGCAGCGGUUUCGCCAAGGUGAUAGUAACAAUUUAGUUACCAUGCUGAGAGCAACUGAUCCUUCGCUGCAUUUUAAUUAUUUGAGAAUGGAUGUUGGCACCUUCGAGCAUCUUCUUUCAAUAGUAGGCCCUGGAAUUGAAAAGCAAACAAAUAUUAGAGAACCAAUUGUUUCUCACACAAGGUUGCAAAUUUGCUUGAGGUAUUUAGCCAGUGGAGACAGCAUGAGAUCAAUAGGAUAUGCAUUUCGAGUUUCUCCAAACACUGUUUCGCAAAUAAUUCAUGAAACUUGUGAUGAAAUCUGGCUUAAAUUAAAGGAUUUAGUUAUGCCAAUACCAAGCAAGGAUGCAUGGACAAAGAUAGCAGAAGAUUUUGAAGCAAUGUGGAAUUUCCCUCAUUGCAUGGGGGCAAUAGAUGGGAAACAUAUUGUAAUAGAGGCUCCUCCUCACAGUGGCUCCUUCUAUUACAAUUAUAAAAAAACCCAUAGUUUGAAUCUUACUGGCAUUGCAGAUGCGCACUAUAGGUUCAUUUUGGUAGAUGUAGGAGCAGAGGGUCGCCGUAGCGAUGCUGGAGUUUUUGCUAAUAGCAAAUUAAAAUCAGGACUAGAUGCAAAUACUUUGAAUGUGCCUCCAUCUUCUCCAGUUGAUCAAUACGAGUUACCAUUUGUUUUGGUGGCUGAUGAGGCAUACCCGCUGUCACCGUACUUGAUGCGACCUUAUCCAAAAAGUUCACAACUUGAUUUGAAGAAAAAAGUAUUUAAUUAUCGUCUCAGCAGGGCCAGACAGGUUAUUGAAAGAACUUUUGGCAUACUUGCAGCAAGGUGGCGAAUUUUUCGAAGACCAAUCAAUACCUACGUCUCGAAAGCCGAAAAGAUAGUGUUGGCCACUAUCUGCUUACACAAUUUCAUCAUCACUAAGGAACUUCAAAAGCGCCCUCAGGAAAGACAAUAUUUACAAUAUAAUGGACACGACAGGCAGCAAACAUCGCUUGGCAUUAUUAGAAAUAUAGGAAAUCAGAUUAACCGAGAUGUUAUUUCACGUAACUUGUCCAGUAUUUACAGAGAAAGAUUUGCCAACUAUUUUGUAAAUGAAGGCGCUGUACAAUGGCAAUGGGAGAAAGCUGAGAAUAAUGAAUUUUAAAAUAAAUC